UGUGGGCCCUAGUACGCCCGGUUCUGUCUUGGGCCAAAGCUGGGCCGACAAUAGGGCUGCUGAUAAUGUGGGCCUGGACAGAUUUUAAGUUUGUGAACUUAUAAAUAAAAACUCCCAUCGAGGAGGACCAAAGCUGAACACACGUACCCUUUCGCCGGCGCCGGCGCCGGCGCUCUAUUGGAUCGACCGGCAAGAUGGCGGGGGGAUCCUCACCCUGGAAGCUCAUGGGGCAGCAGUCCAGCGCUUUUCUCCGUCGCCAAACGACCCAGGAAUCUCCCGCCGACGGCGAAAUCCCUAGCGCGGAAGCUGUGCUGUUGAGUCUGGAGAAGGUUCUUGCUGAUCUGGAAGCGCAGGAGAGAGAGAGCUGACCAAGGUGGCCACCGGGAGCUUGGAGGAUGAACAGUCGUUGCAUAGAAUCGAAUGCAACGGAUUUCUCCAAGGGUUUCUCUUGGAUCAAAUCGCGCCGUUGCGCCACCGGCUGUCGUCUGAGAAGAAGAUUCAGGAUCAUCCCAGGUCCAGGGCCAAAGAGAAAAGCAAUCGCGCCCACAGAUUGGAGUCUGAUGGUGGUGGUCAUGAGUCUGAAUUCAGAUCACAGAGGGAGGCAGAGUCGGUGAUGCUCAUGGGUUUGGACACCGUUGCCAAUGGGGACAGGACGGUCGAAUCACACAAGCCAAUGCUCCAACCUGCAUAUCCCAGCACCAACAUAUUGGGUUGUGGCGGCGACGAUGAAAAGGAUGAGAUGGGCAUGCGCAAAUCAGACGCGUAUUGGACUGUGAACUCGGACAAGUUGAUGCUCAAACCUGCAGACACAAUUGGCAGAUGCUCUGUCCAAGGCUGUCCUGAUCAUGACGAGAUGGACACACUAUUGGCUAAGGAGAUGGCUAGCGAGGCGGAGAGAUUCGCUUCAUAUGUUCGCAGCUGGGAAUUUGCCUGGGGCAGAACGUGCGGCUUCUUCAGAGACAUGACGGCGCUGAGUUCCAUGCAGUUUACGCACUACACGCCGGGACAAAAACUCAACAGCGGUCCUGCGUCCGCCACUCAAACCUUGCAGAUCUUCUCCAUCAAGCUCACAGAAAUAGCUGUCGGCCUUAAGUGGCCAUUGUCUGUGUAUGGCUUGGUUGCUGUCCGAGACGUCGCGGAUCACAACCGCAACCUUCUCUUCUCUCGCAAUAGGAGCCAGGCCCAAGAACUGAAAGAAGAUGAUAGGAUUUUGCGGUUGAUCGGCCCAUCACGCGCAAUUGUGUUUACGGAUAGGGUUGACUUUGAAAUCCAACUGAAAGUAAAAGGUACAGGUACAAGUAAGUCUCAAGAUAAAGCAUUGAUCAGCUAUGCGGACUGUUACGACGGAGGAUACGGAUCCUGUGUAUCAACAUUUUCUGUCAGUAACUGUUUCUGCACACUGGAGUUUUGUGUGCAGACAGUCACGCGAACCUUUCAGGCCACUAUCUUGGAUGUCCAGGUUGUCAAAGAUGAUGGUUCAUGGCCUUUUGAAUACGGUGGUCGAUUUUCCUGCUCUCCACUAUCAGGGAAGUUCGUGUUCACUGAUAGUGGAGUCACUCACGCUAUCAAUCACUCAUCUAGCCAAAUUGUGCUGCUUGAUUCAAAAGAUGGAGCAUGGCUGAAACAACCUUGUGGUGGUUACCUACAUAUGUGGAGGCAAGUUGUUUCAGUAGAAAUUGAAGGGCGGUUAGAUGUUUUCAUACAAGCCUACUCCAAAUCUGGCGAUAUCGCUUCACAUGGCGAGGUCCGUUUCAUACCCAAAUCUUGCGGCAUGAGCCAUGGUAAAUGUGCUCUUGGUGGCUCCGAGGUAUCAAUUACUGUUGCUUGGUCCCUUGUUGCUACGGACAAGGGGACGAUUGCAACACAGGGAAAUUUGUUCGAAUGUUGAACCGAGGAGAUUUGUGGCGGGGAACACUGAGAAGAGAGGGCAACCCCAACCAAAUUUUGUUGAAGGAGCGCUGCUAUACAGCCGAUUUUUGCACGAUCCUGCUAAUCGAACCAUGCAUGUGUGGGGCCAAGUGGAGGCCGGCGGCUGGAUCUAGCACCGUGCAAUGUAUCGGCUGCUCAGUAGUUCCGUUGCUGAAGUGUCUCAGUAGUUUUGUACUCCCUCUGUAAACUAAUAUAAGAGUGCUUAGAUAACUAAAAUAGUGAUCUAAACGUUCUUAUAUUAGUUUACGGAGGGAGUACUUGAUCUCCUAUGUGAAGUGUCAAACCGUUUGUGUGUAUCCCCUAUAACUUGUGCAUGUCCAUUGUCUUUUAGGUUAUGUUGUGUGGAGUAUUCCUGUUUUGAUUAA